AUGCCGAGUUACAGCAGUUGGUUCAGCCGCCGCGAAGUUGCAGACCCAGUGGCCGAUGCAGCUCUAAGCACCCUGACGAACAAGAGGAUUAUCCAUGGGCGUGUGACCAAGAACGUGUCUGCAGCCACCGCCGCCUCACCUGUCGAAGUGACAUUCCAGGAAUUCCUCCACGCCGAGGGCGAGGACGAGGACGCCAUGGAGGAGGAUGAAUCUGACGACGAAGCUCUGCCCUUGGCCAUGGCGGCACAAGCCGUCCGCCCAUCCGUUGAGCACAACCAAUUCACCCACGCACACUUAUUAGGCCAGCUCGAUGAGGUGAUCCGGAGAGAAGAGAUCAGGAAGUUGCAGAAUAAAUUGCCAAGUACACCGUCGACGACCUCAAGGUCACCCACUCCCACGGAAUCCGUCUCUAGCGUCGAGACGGACCUGGAAUUCGACGGGAACGCAUGGCACCUGGACCAGAUAGCUCUCAACGAAACCGUAAAGGCGCGAAACGAAUUCUCUCUCAUGCCUACAAGCUGGCAGAUGCAUUUCAGAGGCAUCCCUUUUCCCGAGGGUCUGUUCUACGUCAAGAAGAAGGAAACUAGUGCCCGGCCCAGAAUCUACCAACGCAACGACAAGUAUGAGCUGCAAGGUGCCAUGACCCUUCGUAAUCUGAUAAGCAUACAAGCGCGCAUCAGGGACAUUACGACAGAGCUCCGGAGAGACAGGCGUCUUAUCAAGUCGAGGAAGCUCCAGCGCUGGGAACAAUACGAGAGCGAACCCAAGCCCGAACCCCCGUCAGACCAUGAGGAUGAUGACGACGACAAAGACGGAUACGGAGCGGAGUCCGCGCAGGAGUCGGACGAGGACGAGCCCCUGAAGGAACAAGUCAGGAACCACAUAAAAGAGAUUGUCCAUCACCUCCGACGACCCCUCAAGAAAGCCAUCGAGUGGGCCAAAGAGGACGGCGGCAUCGUCAAGUAUGGCAAGCAGUUGCCCCCGAACAUUGGAGUCUGGGUGUACAAGGAUAUAGACACAUCGACCGAUCCGCAUAAUGAAGGGGAGAUUUCGAGACGAAUGUGUCAGCUGAGUGCGGAGUGGCAAAAGCAGGUUCCCAACGAUGAGGAUGUGCCUGAAGGAAAGGAGAUGCCGACGCCGCCUGUCAUCUUCGGAUUCUUCAUCAUGCAGAAUAUCCUUUCGAUUGUCACCAUUGACCCCUCCAAGGACGACGCACCUGCACACAUAUUUUGCCAAUUGAACAUGGCAGAGUACAACCAGCAGCAGUGGAACGCACUAGCCAUCAUGCUGACCAUCUGCUGGGCUCGAGACUGUCUGCUGGCUGCUAUCCCUACAUUCCCCCAGUUUCACGUGAUAGAGAAGAGCGACUCGAGCGACCCCGAUGCUUAG